CCUGCAUUGCGUUAAGUACGAUAUGCGAUCACGGAAGUAAAACUUUAACACAAGUUAAGUAGUUUGCGAACAAUGAUAUUUAUAAACAGGAUAUUUACGAUUUUGCAAAUGGUUAGAAAAGUAAAUAAUGAAUCUAUUUUAUAAACUGGACUUUUCGAUGUGUAACCAAUUAGUAAGGAAAUAAUGAGUUUUCUCAUCAGGCUGGAACGUUACGGUGUGCAACAAGAGGGGGAUUUGCCGAGCAAAGGCAGACAUUUUCUAUCGCAAUUCGAUGAUGUUUCUAUAAUUGUGUAUCAGACUGUAGCGGACAAUAAACAAAAUGUCAGUGAUAAAAGAUGUGACGUAUCUGAAGUUGCAGAAGAACACAGUAAGACGGUGGAUAAAGAUCUGAAUGCAAACCAUGAUACACCAUGCCUGCCAUCAAACGAUAAGACAGACCCAGAUAUGACCACUACAUGCGAAACCGAUGAACAUGUUUAUGCGGAAGUGGGGGCAAUAGACAGUGGGAAAGUUACAGACAUCGAUCCGCAAACUGAAGAUUGUAUGCUGCUACAUACAAGUUUUGUACAGACGAUGAUCAGUUGCGAAUGGGGAAAGAAGUCUGGGCACGAGAAAGUUCUUGCUAUUUCAGUGAAGAGAGAAGGCUUUGAAGAAUUACUGCGCACUUAUGUGGAUGAUAAGAAAAAUAACCAAAAGACAGGUGAUGUUAAGGUGGAAUGGAAUCCCGACAAAUCUCCGACGGGCGGAUUGUUAAAACGGUACGUUCCGGAGAUAGUCAUUCGAGGACGACUUCUGCAAAAGUUCAAUAAGUGUUGGACUCUCAACGUCAAAGACAUGUCGGUAUAUGUCGAACACCUAAGACGGUUCAUGGAAACAGGCAAAUCAAGUCGUAUUUGGACACCGAAAGAAAGUGUCUACAUAUCUGAAUCAUCAGAGGUAUGUAGCCGCAUGGUCGUGGAGAACAUCGACCUUACAGGCAUAGAGGCAGUAAGCGGAACACUUGCUGAAGCGUACUCACAUAUUGAUACUUGUCUAGAACCUAGUCUCCCAAAAGAAGCCAUUUUAUACCUGUAUGGUUCAUUUAACCCAAUACAUAUGGGUCAUGUUAAUGCGAUUGUAGAAAGUAAACGUUGGCUGGACACUAUGGGACAUUACAAUGUAAUUGCUACCAAGAUCGGAAUAACGAGUGAUUCGGCUUUAAAAGAAAAAUGCUCAAAGCCCGGUGACCUGUGUAUCAAAUUCGAACACCGCCGGAAACUUUGUGAGCUUGCAUGCUCAGACUAUCCGUGGAUAGAGAUUUACCCAAACAAAGUUUCAACGCAGAUGACAUUCGGCCAGCAAAUACGCCGGGAACUAAAUAAACCUGACGCCACUUUAGUUGUUCUGGUGGGAUCGGACCGUGCAAUUCUGGAAAAGCGUAGAGUAAAAAGUAUAAGAAGGGACAAUAAAUUUGUUGUUUGUAUCGGCCGCAUAGGGAUGAGUCCGACUGAAAAGAAAUCCUUUCAAGAAGCCGAACAAAAUGACCCGAAGCGUUCCCAUGAAUUUUUUGUUGUCCCAUCCGAAUUGAAUGAUUUAAGUUCCACAUCAAUUCGCCAGAAAUUAUCACAGACCGUAAAAGGAAGUAACUCAAAAAAGUCAAAGAAAUCUAAAAAAGACUUACGCAUCAUCAAUGGAAUGAUUGCGGCUGGAUGGAUUGCGGAGGAAGAAGGGACAUAUAUGUAUCAACAUAUCAAUGAUAUGUUUUAUUAAAACGGUAUGUGAUGUGUUUUAUAUACCUUAGCUGACUGGAAUAAACACAUAUUCAGAAGAAAAAGGAUUAUGUGCAUUUGAGAACACUCUUCCAUUAACAUCUAUGUUGUAUAUGUAUCAGCUGGCAUAAACACAUGUAUUAAACCUCACUAUUUGAGUUUAACUUGGACGGACCUAUUUUACAAGUAAAACAAACUUGUUACCUCAGUGUCUCCAAGUGGUUUAGGCCUUUGACGUGAACCUAUUUAGGUUUGAAACCCCGAUUAGAAAGUAUUUCACGUAUGAAAGUUAUUAAACUGGCAUGUGGAAGGACAAAGCAAAGCUGGAGUAUUCCUGUACCAUUAAAACAAGAAAAGUAAUUUGACAAAUUUGAGUCAUAAAUCCACCCCCUCCUAGACACACACAAAAAUGCCAAAAUGUUUAUAUCAAUAUUAUGAUUGUGUCGUAGUCUUAAAUCGAAAAAGGACAAGGACCACACAAAUUGUUGUCACUCAACAUAUGAGCCAUAAUUUACAUAUGUAUUAUCUUGAUGACGAAGUUUUAACGCCAAGUGUAAUGUUUGUGCUCUCACAAAAUUUCCGAAGGAUCGGAUAUAUAUAGCAAGAUUUGGUUCAUACGCAGUGAAGGGUUUCUUGAUGCAAAUAAAUGUAUCCCAAUUAUUUGCCUAAUGAAACACAUUGGUGUAUUUUUCAUUCAUUCACCAUUAUAUUGACAUCAAUGUUUCUUAGGUGAGAAGCAAGACAUACAUCAUCAUUUUUUUUUCAAUUAAGGAAAGUAAAAUAAUAACAUGAUAACAUG